AGAGAGAGAGAGAGAGAGAGAGAGAGAGAGAGAGAGAGAGAGAGAGAGAAGACUUAUUUGUUGUUGACCGGGAGACGGAGAAACAGCGAGAGAGAGGCGACUUUCACUGAAGUUGAAGGCUGAUUCUCGUCGCUCACUGCCGGAGCAAGCGGAGCCGGCGACGUGUACUUUUUUUUUGAGGGGGGGCGGACGUUGUUGAAACGACGUAGGGGAGGGGGGGUAGGGGAGGGGGAACCGCCAGGUUCGUGGUGUGUGCGGCCAAACAGCUCACAGGUCGCAAUGAACCAGAGUUGAAGUUUCGGCGUCGUGGCAGUCGGUCGAUGUUGUGACCUUUCAGGAGAGAGAGCACCGACUCGCUCCAGCGGUCGACGGUCGAGCGGCGGGGUGAAACAACCCCCCCCCCCCCCGAGCUGUCAAACCCCCGAUGACGACUGCAAACUGCCCCGGGAACGAGGAGCUGGACUUCAGGCUGAUCUUCGGAGAGGACGGGCAGCAGCAGCCGCUAGGCCCCGCAGAUCUGGAGCCUGAUGACAACACAUCAUUCUACAUCCUAAAUAUGGGCCAGCCCCAGGCCAUGGUCACUAACCACCAAUCUAUUGGCCUGCCUCGUCAUGGCAUGCAGUCUCACUCCCAGGUCAUCAACACUUCCCCACGCCUUCAGUCACACAAACCAGGAUCCGAGCCUCUAGGAUAUGAGGCACAAGACUCCAAGUAUGGCUCUUCCCCCCUGCUGCCCUCUGCUCCUGUGGAGGCACCGAAGGCCUUUGAGUGCCCCAGUAUCCAAAUCACCUCCAUCUCCCCUAGCUGCCAACAGGAGAUGGAUCCGAAUGAGGAGGAUCUGAGGGCCAAUGGCCCAGAUGGGGACUAUCACGGUGACAGGCCCCUAUCCAGAGACCACCUGUAUUUGCGGCUGGACCACUCAUACCGGGACUCUUCGCUCAGCCCUAGCCCUUGCAGCAGCCUCUCUUCUAGGAGCUGGUUCUCUGAUGCCUCCUCCUGUGAAUCAUUCUCACACGUCUACGAUGAUGUUGACUCAGAGCUCAAUGAAGCAGCUGCCCGUUUUACCCUGGGAUCCCCUCUUACUUCCCCUGGCUGUGCCUCCCCUCAAACCGGUGGUGGAGUUCUGGAGGAACAGCCCCAUUGGCAGCAGCACCACCCUGCCUUUGUGCACCACUCCCACUCCAUCAGCCUGUCACCGCGACAGUCCCCCUGCCACUCGCCACGCACCAGUGUCACUGAUGAAAAUUGGCUCAGCCCUCGGCCACCUUCCAGGCCGUCUUCACGUCCCACCUCACCCUGUGGGAAGAGGCGUCAUUCUAGUGCCGACAUUUGCUAUCCUGGCUCAUUGUCUCCCCUUCACUCACCCACUCCGACGCCAGGACCCUCACCAAGGGGCAGCGUUACAGAGGACACCUGGGUUGGCAGUCCUUCUGUGGGUAUGUCGCCCUUCCAGUGCUGCCCAUCUGAGGCAGACAUCCCAUCUAAGACAAGGAAGACCUCACAGGACAGAACAGCUAUGCAGUCUGGGAAAGGGGAGCUGGGGCUAGAUGACCAAGGAAAUAUGUCUCCUAAUCUAGACUCCCCCUCAGACGAGGCCCUGCAUGGCAUGAAGAAAGACGGGCCUGGGGAACAGUUCCUCUCAGUGCCCUCCCACUUCUCAUGGAAUAAACCCAAGCCUGGUCAUACACCUAUAUUCAGGACCUCCUCACUGCCUCCCCUAGAUUGGCCUCUGCCAAGCCAGUUUGGCCAAUAUGACUUAAAAAUUGAGGUACAACCUAAAGCCCACCACCGAGCACACUAUGAGACCGAGGGCAGCCGGGGAGCCGUCAAGGCAGCAUCUGGUGGCCACCCGAUCGUCAAGCUCAUUGGCUACAGUGAGAAGCCCAUCAACGUACAGAUGUUCAUAGGAACGGCGGAUGACCGCUACUUGAGGCCGCAUGCCUUCUACCAGGUGCACCGGAUCACCGGGAAAACCGUGGCCACCGCCAGCCAAGAAAUUGUAGUCUCCAGCACCAAAGUUCUCGAAAUUCCUCUCCUGCCUGAAAACAACAUGUCGGCCAGUAUCGACUGUGCCGGCAUCCUGAAGCUGCGAAACUCAGACAUCGAGCUGCGGAAGGGAGAGACUGACAUAGGAAGAAAGAACACGCGGGUCCGCGUGGUGUUCAGAGUUCACAUCCCUCAACCCAACGGGAAGGUGCUGUCGCUGCAGGCUGCUUCCAUUCCUGUGGAGUGCUCCCAGCGUUCGGCUCAAGAGCUGCCCCAGGUGGAGAAAUCCAGCCUGACCAGCUGCGUGGUAACGGGUGGAGAAGAGCUGGUCAUCACAGGCUCCAACUUCUUCACAGAGUCCAAGGUCAUCUUCGUGGAGAAAGGCCCCGAUGGACGGCCACAGUGGGAAGUUGAGGCAAAAAUAAUACGUGAGAAAACCCAAGGAUCAUGCAUCGUGGUGGAGGUUCCUCCUUAUCACAGUAAGACUGUGGGCUCCGCUGUGCAGGUGCAGUUUUAUGUCUGCAAUGGCAAGCGGAAAAGGAGCCAAUCACAACGCUUCACUUACCUUUCAGUUAUGGUGAAACAGGAGCACAGAGACGAUCUGGACCUGACUUCAGUACCCCCUAUGUCCAUGCCCCUGGCACGUGCUGCCAGUCUGGUGCGCACCCAGCUGCCUUCUCCUGAGCAGGGCCACCCAUCGGAUAACCUUCUGUCCAGCUCCCCUCACGGCCUGGCCACCGUCUCUGGACCUGGCCUGCUACCCCUGCAGGCCCCCUGCCCCUCCCUGGGCUCCCAAUCUUUCCAGCACCUGCCUCACCUCCAGAGUCGCAGUUUGCACCACCCCCCUGCAGAUUGCCACAUGACGUUCCACCCAAAUUCUGUUCCUGCUCCUCUUCCUGCUCCUCCCCGACCCUCCUACCAGCCUAUGCAGCACAGCCACAGUCACGGGCAUAGCCUUCCUUUCAAUGGCCAGUCCAGCCUUCCUCCUCAGGGCUACGAGAGGAUUCCCUUUCAGCAGAGCCCCAGUGCAGCAUCGCACCCAAUGGGUAUGGGGAUGGUAUACUCGUCUUCCCCUUGCUCCUCGCCAUCAGCCCCCUCCUCCUCAAGCACCAAUCCAAUUGUUGGGUCUCCCCAGAGCCAGCUACCCCUGCUCAGCCCUACAUCCCCACACCUCCACACACUUGGAGGCUACCACUGCUCUCCAAAUCCCCCCCAGGUCUCUUCUCCCAUUGGUCACCACCUUGUAGGGCAGCAUUCCUCCCAGCUGCAGAGGGCAAUGGGCUACCACCCGGUAAGUCAAAGGUCAGCCUCGUGCCCCACACCUUCCAGUGCCCCUCCGCCACGGAUGAUCCCCUCUCCGCACUCUGGUCCUUCCUCCCCUCAGCUCCACUCGCUGCCCUACCAGUCUCCCACCUCCUCCUCCCCAACUUCAGGCGGCAGUCCUCUGGGGCCCCUGCAACAGCAGCCCUCCCCGCAGACUACAAGUCCGGUCAUGGCCAGCCUGUCCCCAGCAGCAGGCCCCCUGGUUCACCCUCUAAGCCCUCAGGGGCCCUUCCCUUUGGAUGCCGAGAGUCGGUCUAUCAAGCAGGAGCCGGAGGACAAGGAACCCACCUUUCGCUCUAUCGGCCUACAGGACAUCACGCUGGACGAUGUGAACGAAAUCAUCGGCAGAGACAUGUCCCAGUCCCCCGGCGCUCACGGUCCUCCACCGGCACACAACCAGUCGUAGCUCCGCCCCCUCUCAGGCACCAACACGGACCCUGCUCCGGGCCACGGUGCUGAUCCUGUAAGGGACAGGGGGGCAGGAGGAGACGAGACCGAGGUCACAGAUACUGUAGACCAGAGAAGACUGGUGAUGCUGUUAAAGACCCACCGGCCUGACGAGAAGACAUUUGUCUCAUUUGAUGUCAUUUAAAACGAUACAGGUUCUCCUCUUCAGAGACACAUGGACAAAGAACUCACAUCACAGCAGGACGACACAGCCACAUAGACUCACGCCACGGGGAAAACGGUCACUCUCUGCUCAGUCUGCCAGUUCUCAGGUGUCAAGAUGAGCCCCCAGACGAUCCUGGUCCUUCAAAGCAACGCCCUCCUCUUAACCAAUCAGCUCUCUGCGAGGUCAGAGCACUCGCUUUUUGCGUCUCUGCGACGGAGAGACGGAGACGUGCACAGUGUUGUCGCGGCGAGUCGGAGCCGAGGUUCAGAAGCCCGUUGCUGUACAGUUGAUUUUUAAGAUUUUCUAUUUUUUUCCCCCCAUGAACAUCAGCGUGUGGAAACUCCCAGUGGAGCAAAAAACACGAGACCGACACACUUUGAAGAUUAUUGACCUGAAAACUGAAUUACAAGCCGUGAAAUGUUGAUCGUAAGUUCAAAAUCAAAUCAAAGCAAACUGUCAGGCGGAGUUAAACUCACGACUCAGUGUUGACAACACUGUCCACUCCUCCGUGUUUUUUUCUUUUUCUUCUUCUUCUCCCUUUUAAAUAAUGAAGCAAUUAUGGUCUGGCGAGUGCGGCCUGGCAGAGAGAGAUGAGCUCUUCUGGUGCUGAUCUGGGAUCUGCAACAUUCCACUACUUUAAGUAUCCUUGCAGCCGUGUAGAUAUCUGUACAUGAUCCCCCUACACACACACACACGCACGCGCACACACACACACACACCUCUGUGUACGUCCUCCCUCUCUUUAUGUUUCUUUAUUGUCACGUUGAACAAAUGCCUUAUUAACAUUUAGCAGCUUUGAAAGGUAGUGAAAGCUUUUUUCUUUCUUUUUUUUUCUUUGUGUUGUUUUGCACAGCAGCUGGCUUUUGAGUUUGACUAUAAUAUUUGACUUCAUAACCGGACCUGUGUGUGACUCUGGUCGUGUAUGAUGUGAUUUCACGAAAACCUGCUGUGGGAUUGAGCAGGACUGAGUUAAUAAGCCUCCUGAUCUUGUUUUCUUUUCUCGUAUUUGAAAAUGCCCGUUAUUUCCAUGUUACAGAGAAGUUGUUUUUUUUUAUUCAUCCACAGAGACGGACCUCUGACACGUCUUCUCACGCAAUAACUCCCCACCACAUCUCCCAGGGACCUCCGUGUGCCUUCUCUUUUAAUAACAGGUGUCAUAAUGUACCGCGUGAAAUAAUCUGAUGAAACUUUUGAAAGUAUUUUAUACAUAAAUAUGUCUAUGUAUUGCAUUUAUGUAUUAACCCCCCCUUUCUGUAAUGAACAGGGUGAAAUCCCAAAGUCCAACAUGUGGACGUAACGGGCUCUUCCACAUUCCCCCGUUGUGAAACAAUCAAUAUUUGCUGUUCACAAUCAAAGACACUAUUUCCCCGUUCGGACAUAUGCAGUGCCUUUACGGCAGCAAUAACAAUCUUAAGGGUGGAAAAUAUUUUUUCAAAAGUAUUUCCAGGCACAUUUCUGGUCAGAUAUGAUGUGAACAGACGGGUACAGAUUCUGAUUUGAAGAUUUCCAAUUGGCUUUUUGUAUACGUUUGAUUUUGUUUUAUUUUUUUCGCCUUAAGCUCGACAAUGACGCCUCUGCCUGCGCAAGCCGAGGAGCGUCGCAUAUGAAAGUUUGAAGUCAGUUUCCAGGUGAAAAUGAUUCUGCUAUGCAUUAAAACUUCUGCCUAAUGCCUUUAAAAAAAAUAAAUAAAUAAAAAGACAAAAAAUAAAGUAAAUAAAUAAAAGACCUUGAUGCCUAUAGAAGUAGACUGUAGACUUGUAGACGCUUAACGGGCUCUGACGUUUGUGUGAGUGCGUGUGUGUGUGUGUGUGUGUGCGUGCGUGAGUGAGAGUGUGUGUGUGUGGCUGGACGGUUCAUACCAAAUAAUGCUGUACAGAAGACGGGGAAUUCAGAAAGUCCUAUUUUCAUCAACAGAAGCACACACACGUAUUUACUCUAUGCAACCCACACGAAGCAAAUGUGAAACAUGACAGUAAAUAUGACAAAAUGAGAUAAACUAUUUGUAAUGUUGCGUGUGAACUUCAAAGCGUAAAGAGGAAAAAAAGUAAGAUAUUGAGAGAAUGAUGUCACAAUGUAAACUAUUAGGAGGCCUUAACUCUGGUUGUGUGUGACUAUUGUUAUUUUCAUUUUUUGGGGUGGGGGGGGGGGGGGGGGGCACAGGAUGGAAUUUGAUGGUUGGACGGGAGGAGAGCGAUGGCUUUUUCUUUUCUUUUUACAUAUGAAGUUGAUUCUGCAGCUUGAAACACGUGAGACAAAAAACAAACAAAACAAAACAAGAAACAAAACCAGCAUUGAGAGUAAACUCUGCCUGCCGUCCUCUUCUGUCACAACCAAAGAGCGAACAUUGUGUUCCCACUUUACGUUCAAGGAAGCUACAGAGACUGUACAACUCUAUUUUUGAUACUUUAAAGUGGAUGUCAUUCCUAAAAGGUUGGGGACAUGUAUGAGUGUUUAGAAUACACACAUAUAUACAUAUAUUAGUAUGUAUGUAUGUAUGUAUACACACACACACACACACACAUAUGUAUAUAUGCGACACACAUACAUAUAUAUAAAAUUGUUUUGUAAAAUAAAAGGGAAAUACAGGCUUAGCUGAUGUUUACCGAGCCUUGUAUUGUCAUUUCUUGUAUAUUUUGUAUGUUAAGAUUUUCUCUUUUUUUUGUAAUUUUUAAGACUGCAGUGCUUUUUGAAUUAUUCAAAGGGAAUACCUUGCAACAUAACGUAGGCUCUAAAGUAGUGUAUAUCAAUAAAACAUGAAAACUCAA